AUGGAUUCCUCCCAUCAUACAGGGAUGAGCCAUAUGGACCACAAUACCACGGUCUCACAUGCCCAUGGAGGACAUGAUAGCAUGAUGAUGCCUAUGACCUUCUACUUUGGCUUUAAAAAUGUGGAACUAUUGUUUUCUGGUUUGGUGAUCAAUACAGCUGGAGAAAUGGCUGGAGCUUUUGUGGCGGUAUUUUUACUAGCAAUGUUCUAUGAAGGACUCAAGAUAGCCCGAGAGAGCUUGUUGCGCAAGUCACAAGUCAGCAUCCGCUAUAAUUCCAUGCCUGUCCCAGGGCCAAAUGGAACCAUUCUUAUGGAGACACACAAAACUGUUGGGCAGCAGAUGCUGAGCUUUCCUCACCUCCUGCAAACUGUGCUGCACAUCAUCCAGGUGGUCAUCAGCUACUUCCUCAUGCUCAUCUUCAUGACCUACAACGGGUACCUGUGCAUUGCUGUGGCAGCAGGGGCUGGUACAGGGUACUUUCUCUUCAGCUGGAAGAAGGCAGUGGUAGUGGACAUCACUGAACACUGCCAUUAA